GAGAACGCGCACAGAGUUAGUGUGUGGUACUGUGUGAAGAUGGGAGCUGUGUCUCUGUUUCUGUCUCUGUCUCCGCUUGUCCUCUGCUUCUGGCUCGUUUUCCCGCUCUGUGAGACUCAGAAAGCUAAAGACAGAAAGACUGUGGGUGAGAGGGACACCGAAUUCGUGGACAAGUACAGCGUGUGUGCUCAGGGGCCUCCUGGAGUCCAGGGGCGAGAUGGUAAUCCGGGUGUAAACGGCAUUCCCGGGACCCCGGGCAUCCCCGGCCGUGAUGGGCUAAAGGGGGAGAAGGGCGAGUGUGUGAUGGAGAGAUUUGAGGAGUCGUGGAAGCCGAACUACAAGCAGUGUGCGUGGAGCGCGCUGAACUACGGCAUCGACCUCGGCAAGAUCGCUGACUGCACGUUCACUAAGCUGCGUUCGGAUAGCGCCCUGCGUGUGCUGUUUAGCGGCUCGCUCCGGCUGAAGUGUAAGACGGCCUGCUGCAGUCGCUGGUACUUCACCUUUAACGGUGCCGAGUGCACGGGGCCGUUACCCAUCGAGUCCAUUAUCUACCUGGACCAGGGCAGUCCGGAGUUCAACUCCACCAUCAACAUGCACCGCACGUCCACAGUGGAGGGUCUGUGUGAAGGCAUCAGCGCUGGUCUGGUGGACGUUGCGAUUUGGGUCGGGACCUGCUCCGAUUACCCGCGCGGAGACGCCUCCACGGGCUGGAACUCCGUAUCCAGGAUGAUCAUCGAAGAGCUUCCUAAAUAAUAGCUUCUCUCAUCCCGAAAAACACACAGUUAGCAAACAUCCUCCCACAUGUAUUCCUCUCCACUGGUCGGUGUUCUACAGGAAUCCUCUCCAGCCUUAGCUAGUUACAAGAUGACGGGUCAGGUUCAGGGCAGUGAUGUAUCUGCAGUAUAUAGAUUUCUUAGGUUAGUUAAUGUUUCUUCACACACUUGUGGAACACCACACACACACACACGCACACACACACACACACACACACACACAGCUCUAGAGGAAGCACCGCUAUGCACAGUAUAUAAAAAUAAUAGUCCAGAAAGAGUUAUAAUCAGAAAAAUAUGUUCAACCUGAAAAUGUUUAAACCUUUUAAGAGCAGGGUGUGUCUCUGUUAUACUGGUGGGCGUGUCUUAAGUGGGAAGACACGCCCACUGGACUUUUCUGCGUACGAUCCAACUUCUUUGUCCUAUUUGAAGACUUCCAGAUGUGAACUCAAAUCCUUCCACCUCCCCCCUUACACACACACACACACACACACACACACACACACACACACACACACCCUGCCAGUGUUCAAAGCAUGAUUCACUUCCACUGUGUCUGGUUUGUAUGUUAAACAUGUUAGCUUAUAUUUUCAGUGAAAUA